CACUGCCAAAGAUUGUGAAUUGAAACCAGUUAACAAGACUUGAAUUAGUGGAUACUGUCGAUCAUACAGAGGAAAACAUGUCGACAAGUACUCCUACAGCUGAAAUGACAACGAAAUUGGUUAGGUUUUCAUCAAUCCUUGCUACAUUUGAUAAUGAGGACCCAAACGAGGCGUUAAAGCGCACUCAUCAAGUGGUCGUCAUUCCUGUUAGUGGAGAGCAACAGUAUAUUGUCAAAAAUGACCCCGUUGGGGGAGCAGCAUUGUGGAUAGGUGUUUGUCCAGCACCUGAAGGGAAUUCAGUCAAGGAGAUCAUUCCUACUGCUGCCAAAACCAUCAGUGACGCUGCUACCGAGGUCAAGCGUGCUGCUGAAAACAUCAAGGCCGAAUUCGAAUCUUUCAUCAAGAACGUCACCAAAUCCGCCAAGGUCACCGAUGAGGAUAGUUUCAAGAACGCCAGGGAAGCCGUUGAAAAAGCCAUAAACAACGCCCAAGAUGCUGCGUUCAAUGCUGUUGCAGCCGCCACCGAUUUGGAAACCGCUGCUAGCAUCGCCCUUGACACCCCUGCAAAUGCAAAUAACACCACUGUGCAAAAAUUUGAUGGAGCAAGGCAUCCUCAACGACCACCUUCGAGCGACAAUUUGACAGCGGGAGCAGAGAAGGUUGCGAAGAGCAAUAAGAACGUCAAAGGAAAAGGCAAAAAAUGACCGUACAUGAGCGUUGAAACACAGAGAGUGAAGAUUCCCGGGCUGAAACCAUUAAUCAAAUAAUGUUUUGAUUCUGGUGCUGAAAUCUGUAACAUGUUCAUUCCUCCAGCUGGGUUUCAUGUGGCAUUUUGCUUUUGCAACCUUGGUUAUUUCUCUAUGUAACUUUGGGACUUUCAUAUCUUUCGUAGUUCUAUUUGAUGCCAUUCAUGUGUAGUUCUGUAUUGUUCACGUUUAUUGUUAGUUCUGAACAUGUGAAUCAUGUUUACUGAUGUAAAAUUAUAAAUAUUUAUAAUUGUGAAUUUUUUAUAGUACA